AUGGCCAAGGCAGCAGCGUCACGGCAGCAGCCCAAGAGAGCGGCAGUCUUCGAGCAGGACUCGGAAGACUCGGACGCUGGAUCGCUGCAGCUCGAGUCGGGCAGCGAGCUAGGAUCGGAUCUGGAGCAAGAUGAUCAGCAAGAUUCCGAAGAGGAAGAGGAGGAGCGACCCAAAUAUGCGCAGUUCAUGGACGAUUCCGACCUCGACGAGGCUUCCGAUGACGAGUCGUUAGAGGACAGCGAAGGGAGCGACGACGAUGCAGCUCACGCCCACAGCAGCGACGAAGCAACGUCCGCGGAAGACGACGACGAGGACGAUCUCCAACAGCAGAUGAAGGAGAUUCCCUUCUCGGCAUUGAUCAAGGCUCGACAGCAGAUGGACGGAUCCGCCAGCGACGACGACUUGUCCGAGCCGGACAUCUCGGACUUGGAAGAAGACGAGUUUGCGCACGACCGCAAGCGUCUCACCCAGGCGAAAGCAGGCAAGCAACCGCAGCGCAACGGCCACGCCAAAUCGUCCAGCAAAAAUCUCGACGCAGACGAAGCGCUGGAGAAAAAGCGACGCGAAGUGCGCGAGCGUCUCCGCCAGCUCAAUGGCUCCUCAUCCUCGAGCACCCCCGAUGCGUCCGACAACGCCUGGGCGGAAGCACGCAAGCAGCGCGAGCAACGUCGAUCCGAAGAACGCAAAGAGCUCGUCAAGCGCUCCAACAAGAACGCCCCCACCGAGGUCUCGAGCAAGCGCCCCGUCUCUCGGCGUCGCAACGUCAUCGAGACCGGUUCCGCCCAAGUGCGCGAUCCUCGCUUCGAGUCGCUCUCUGGCAGCGUAAACCGGGAUCUUUUCGCAAAGUCCUACUCGUUCCUACCCGACAUGUUCAAGGACGAGCUGAGCACGCUCAAGAAGACGCUCGCCAAACUCAAGAAGCAAGAAUCCGCGCAAGCCGGGCCGAAAGCCAAGUCGGAACAGGCGCUGGCGAUCCGCGAGGAACGGGCGAAAGUCGAAGCGGCACUGCGUCGCGCGGAAGGACUGGCAGGCGAGCGCGAGAGAAGGGCACGGGAGUCGAGCGUCAAGGGCAAGAUCAAGGCGCAGAACAAGGAGAGGGUCGAGAAGGGGCUGCAGCCGUUCUAUCCCAAGAAGAGCGAGGUCAAGCAGAUGUUGCUCAAAGACAAGUACGAUCGAUUGGCAGGCGGGGCGGAUGGGGAAGGGAGAAGGGCGAGUGGGCAGGAGAAGAAGCAGCUCAAGAAGGCGCUCGAGAGAAGGAGGAGGAAGAAUGCGCAGAAGGAGAAGAGAGAUAUGCCCGCGGGUAUCGGAUUUGCGAGGGAUGGUGCGGCUGUCCCGAAGCGGAAGAGGAUGGAAGGAGGGAGCAGCGGCGACUCGGGCAAGCGCUCGAAAUACUAG